AUGACCUUGAAUGGGAAUUGUUCCUGGAAUGGUAGCCAGCUAUGGAGCCCACAGCUGGUAUUGGUAUUAGGCAUUACCCAGAUAACUCUCAACAUCUUGUCUCUGGUCUCCAAUGGGGUAGUCAUCAUAGUUAUUUUGGCAUCCCAUGAUCUGCACCACCCUAUCUUCAUGCUCUUUGGCAACCUGGCCUUGUCAGACCUUUUGUCCAGCUCAUCUAGCCUUUGGAUCUCCGUGCUAUUCUUGGCCCAUCCAGACAACACCAUUUGGGGUUCUCGUGAUCUCCUGAUACCAUAUGCUCUUUUUGCCACUUCAAUCCUUUCUACCAUCUACAACCUGGUCAGUAUUGGUAUGGAACGGUACCUGAUGGUGGUGGGUGGGAGACUGAGGGCUCCAACCAGAGUGUCCAAGAGAAAAGCAGUGACUGUGGUUUUGGCUAAUUGGGUCCUUGCAGUCACUCUGGGUUCACUGCCUCUCCUAUCUUGGAAUGGUCUGGACAGUGGCUGCCAGCCUUCGGAACUCUAUGGUCCCUUCUGUAUAGACUACCUAAUCUUCAUCACCAUCCCUCACUGUGUGGUGGCCUUGGCUCUGCCCCUUUUCAGCUACCUGAACAUUGUUUUGGUGCUGAGGAAGCAGGAAGCUGCAAUGGAGAAUCAUGUAGGAGGGGGGUCCAGGUCGGCUGAGGUUCCAGUGGUCCGGACAAGCAUUGCUAUCUGGCUACUGACACUGGCUUCCUACGUUCCCUUCUUUGCUGGUGUUCUUGUGGAUGCAGCUGGCUGGCAUUGCCCUGAGGAUCUAUACCCUGGCUUCUUUGUGUUUAGAAAUGUGACUGCCAUUAUGAUCACCCUCAAUGCUCUAGGGAAUCCUGUACUCUAUACCCUCAAGGUUAAGAGUCUGAGCAGCAAGUUUCUUCUUCUCUUCUCUGGGUGCUCAUCCAACAACCAGAUCCAAAUGUAA